CCAAGUAAAACCCCGAUCCGACCCGUCCUCCUCGAGACGGAGCUAGUUUUGGAAAGGGAUGGCGUCCUGCGGCUCCGCUUGCGAUCAGUCCCACUGCCGGCGGCCGGAUGACAGCGGCGGCGCAGAGGAGGAUGUGCCGGAGAGGUUCUCCGCAUCCCGUGAUUCUGACACAUCGAAGACUGCCGGAGACGGGGACUUGGCGCGCUGCAGCAAGUGCGGAGAGGAGCCCAAGGCGGGGACGCAUAGGGUACUCAACGGGAUGUGUGCAUCCUGCUUCCGUUCCUACCUAUACGGCAAGUUCAAGCUCGCCGUCUCCACGAACGCCAUGAUCUCCCCCACUGACAAAAUCCUCGUCGCCUUCUCCGGCGGCCCGGGCUCCAGAGUAGCUCUACAAUUUGUUCAUGAGAUGCAGAAGAAAUCGCUGGAAAGCUGGGAUGCAAGUAAAUCUCAAUCUUUACCGGUUUUCGGUGUGGGUGUUGCUUUCGUUGAUGAAAGUAUAAGCUCUGUGAUCCCAUCACCCGAAUUAGGCAGGAUUUUCAAACAUAUCAAGUUGAUCGUGUCAUCUCUGGUUCCUGGUCAUAAGGAUUUGCAUAUUGCACCAAUUGAGGAUGUAUGUUCUAUGGGUUCUGAUGAUGGAACAACUAGAUUGAACAAGUUACUGAAUUCAGUCUCUGAUGCUACUGGAAAAGAAGAUUUUCUGGAUCAUUUGUGCAUACUUUCAUUACAAAAGAUUGCUUUGGAUAAUGGAUACACUAAACUUGUGGUCGGGUCCUGCUCAUCAACUAUAGCACGCCAUGUAAUAUCAGCAACUGUUAAGGGUCAAGGUUACUCGCUUCCCGCUGACGUGCAGUAUGUGGAUGCAAGGUGGGAAGUUCCAGUCGUGCUUCCUCUUCGUGAUUGCUUAACAGAUGAACUAAGUUUGCUUUGUCAGCUUGAUGGUCUGGAGACACUGCAGCUGUCCAAGAGGCCUUCCAGCUCUAAUAGUAUCAACAGUUUGGUUUCAUCAUUCAUAUCCCGCUUACAGGAUGACAACCCUGCCCGUGAGCGCACUAUUGUAAGAACUGCAGAAAAACUCAAGCCAUUUGGAUUCAACAAGUUUGUUGAGAAUAAAUAUCACGAGUUCAUCCCUUCUCGUCUGCGUUGCAAGUUUCAGAAUACCAACAAUGGUGAAUCUGAUCUCGCCGAGGUCUUUUGCACAUUCUGCAUGAGUCCUCUAAGUGAGUCAGAACUCCAUGACAUGCAUGGAAAGUCCCAAACCUUGGUUGACACAUUUACCGCAGCUUGUUGCCAGAGCUGUUCAUUCCAGAUCUUGCCAAAGGAGUCUGAAUCUCUCCAACACUUCCUUUCCUUCCUACCACAAUCAAUGACAAGAAAAGUGGCAGAUAGCACGUUGGAACAAAGUCUGCUGAGGGAAAUGAUAGAUGACUGUCUGCUGGUUGAUGAUGAUGCUGAUGGUGAUAGAACUUAAAAGUAUAAAACCAUCUCGCCAUUCUCAGCUUUUCUCAUGCAUGGGAAUGGGAUAAACAGUGAAUUAGCGCCUUCUUGGUCUCUGUGGUUUGGUGGAGCUGCUCUUGCCGGGGAACGGGCAGCAAAAGUAUAAAGGACUAGGAGACGGGCGGUCGACCGCCGGCGAUUUAAUUCCAUGUCUGCUUACUGUGCUUGAUUUGGAGCGCUGCUGCUGCAGCUCCUCCGGUGAUCUGCUUCCGUCGUCCCGAUGAUUCUUGACCCGAGACGGAUACUGAUCUCGUGAUGCGAAGAAUGUCUCGUCCCACACCAAACCCGACGACCCUGACCGCCGGAACGUCGUCUCCGACCUUCGCAGCUCAGCCAUGAUCACUGCUCUCUGUCUCUUCCCCUCUCUCUGUGAUCUGUGUCUGCACCUUUGCUCAAUUAGCUGCGCAGAUUAAGCAGGGAAUAAAAAGCAAGUGAAGAAGAGUAGGAAGUUUUAAGCUGAUAAAUAACUGCCGAU